AUGGGUCUAAUUAAGAUCCUUCUCAAGGCCAUCAUUAUCCCGAUCGUGCUGAUUAUUGUAAUCGGCGUAGUCAUUGUCUUCGCCAUCAAAAUUCGCCGGGAGAAGAAGCGAAAACAGAAGGAGAUAGAGCUGAAUUCCUUUCGGCCACCCCCUAUACAGCAGUGGUCUUAUCCUAUGUCACCCGGGAUUCAAAAGCCUGCAGCGGUCGCUUCAUACGGCUUCAAGUCUCCGACCCAGAUGGAACAAGGCGCUGUUCGAUCAUAG